UUGAGCAACCAAGGUCCCGGUUCACAUUCAUGUGGCUCCGAUCUACCCAGCCACAUCUUCAACAAACUCUUUUCGUCACAAAAAAUAUCGUGCAAAUCUCACUCACCCUCACCUCACGCGCUCUCCCCUCCUCAUCACAACACGCACCAAUAAAACCACCACGUCCAUCCCACGCUCCUUCAAAUCGCACUCAUUCCACAUAUGUUCACACAUUCUCCCACUUUACCGUUCAAAAAAUCCCCAAAAUAUAGAAAGAAAGAAGAAAAAAAUAACAACACAACUGAAUUAUUAUACCAACCAAAAACAACCACAUUUUUUCCUCUCUCAGUCCACUAAAAACGACGCCGUUUUCCGAAUGACCGGAAAAAUGGUAGAGACGGUGGAGCUUAAGAACGAGGAAGAGCUUUCUCUUCUUUCACUUUCCGAUAACAGUGACCGGUCAUGGCGGUUGAACUUCGAGUCGUUUCAGUUUUCUUCAGAACACACGGAAAAGACGCCGAAACCCUCACGUGGUAUCCAUGACUGUUACGGUGUUCUUGGUCAAGAAGAUAAUAUUGCUGAGUAUUAUCAGCAACAGGUUGAAGUGCUUGAGGGCUUUACUGAAAUGGAUGCCUUAGCAGAGCGUGGUUUUAUUCCUGGAAUGUCAAAGGAGGAGCGAGACAAGUUAGCUAGGAGCGAGACGUUUGCCAUCAGAAUAUCAAACAUAGCAAACAUGGUUCUUUUUACUGCCAAAGUUUACGCAUCAAUCAGAAGUGGUUCCCUAGCCAUCAUUGCAUCCACUCUAGAUUCUCUGCUGGAUCUCCUUUCAGGAUUCAUCUUAUGGUUCACUGCAUUUUCCAUGCAAACACCGAAUCCAUAUCAGUACCCUAUUGGAAAGAAGCGGAUGCAACCAUUGGGAAUUCUUGUUUUUGCCUCUGUCAUGGCAACACUAGGACUGCAAAUAAUUUUGGAGUCCGUCCGCACAUUAAUAUACACUGAUAAUAACUUCAACUUGACCUGGGAUCAGGAGUGCUGGGUUAUGGGUAUUAUGCUCUCAGUGACUUUGGUGAAAUUCAUGCUGAUGAUUUAUUGCCGCUCUUUCACUAAUGAGAUUGUUAAGGCUUAUGCUCAAGAUCACUUUUUUGAUGUGAUCACUAAUUUGAUCGGUCUCAUUGCUGCACUUUUGGCCAAUUAUUUUGACGAUUGGAUGGAUCCGGUCGGUGCUAUCAUUCUGGCUUUAUACACAAUUCGCACAUGGUCAAUGACAGUGUUGGAAAACGUGAAUUCCUUGGUUGGAAGAUCAGCUGCACCAGAGUAUCUUCAGAAACUUACAUACCUUUGCUGGAACCACCACAAGGCUGUAAGGCACAUCGACACUGUCCGGGCUUACACAUUUGGGUCUCACUACUUUGUGGAGGUUGAUAUCGUCCUACCAGCAGGCAUGCCUUUGCAAGAGGCUCACGAUAUUGGUGAAUCAUUGCAAGAAAAGCUCGAACUCUUGCCUGAGAUCGAGCGUGCUUUUGUUCAUCUUGAUUACGAGUACAGUCACAAACCUGAGCAUGCUCAAGCUCAUUCUUAGCAGCAAUACGGAAAAGCAAUGCCAACAACUUGUGUAUUUCAUUUGCGCUUUUCGUCUUCUGUCUCGGAUGUAAAUGUGAACCAUUUUAGGUAGAUUUGAAUCUGUACUAACUAAUGAGAAGUUGAUGAGAGCUGUAGAAUUGGAUUUGGGAUAUGUUGUGAUGCCUAUCAUGCAAGGAAAUUGUCUCCACUCUCCUUCUAUAUGUUUUCUUUAUUACUGAAGUUUAUGGGGGGUUAUUUAUGAGGUGAGGUGUAUAUAAUAUUCUUACCUGAUCUAAUGUGAGUUUCUUUUGCCA